CGAAAGUAGACUAUAUUCAACAGAUGAGCUGCGAACGUGUGCUACGAGUCAAUUCUUAAUGGCUACCUAAAGUAAUAAUACGUCAUGUGAAUGAAUCAACAUUUGUUCUCUCAAUAUGAAGUGUAAAAACCCAAAGUGUCUCUUUGUUCUGGAUCCAAGUUUUUCAUUCUGCCCGAAAUGUUCCCUGGGGACGGAUAAUAAAGACAUUACAGUACCAAACUCUCAUGUUCCAGUAGAAGUAACAAGUCCUGAUGUAUCCAACCCACCGUCAUCUGACGUUACCACCAGUCCCGUUGAAAUAGAAGUAUCUAACUAUGGUUUAUCCAAUCCACCGUCAGCUGAGGUUAACACCAGUUCCGUUGUAAGAGAAGUAACUAACUCUGGUGUAUCCAACCCACCGUCAUCUGACGUUCCCACCAGUUCCGUUGAAAGAGAGCUAUCUAGCUCUGGUGUAUCCAACCCACCGUCACCUGUUGUUACCACCAGAUCCAUUGAAACAGAGGUAAUUAACUCUGGUGUAUCCGACCCACCGCCAUUUAACGUCCCCACCAGGUCCGUUGAAAGAGAAGUAACUAUCUCUGGUGUACCCAACCCACCGUCAUCUGACAUUACCAUCAGUUCCGUUGCAAAAGAGGUAUCUAGCUCUGGUGUAUCCAACCCACCGUCACCUAAGGUUACCACCAGUUCCGUUGAAAGAGAAGUAACUAACCCUGAUGUAUCCAACCCACCGUCAUCUGACAUUACCACCAGUUCCGUUGCAAAAGAGGUAUCUAUCUCUGGUGUAUCCAACCCACUGUCACCUGUUGUUACCACCAGAUCCAUUGAAACAGAGGUAAUUAACUCUGGUGUAUCCAACCCACCGUCAUUUAACGUUCCCACCAGGUCCGUUGAAAGAGAAGUAACUAUCUCUGGUGUAUCCAACCCACCGUCAUCUGACAUGUCCACCAGUUCCGUUGCAAAAGAGGUAUCUAGCUCUGGUGUAUCCAACCCACCGUCACCUGAGGUUACCACCAGUUCCGUUGAAAGAGAAGUAACUAACCCUGAUGUAUCCAACCCACCGUCAGCUGACGUUCCCACCAGUUCCGUUGAAAGAGAAGUAACUAACUCUGGUGUAUCCAACCCACCGUCAUCUGACGUUCCCACCAGUUUUGUUGAAAGAGAGCUAUCUAGCUCUGGUGUAUCCAACCCACCGUCACCUGUUGUUGCCACCAGAUCCAUUGAAACAGAGGUAAUUAACUCUGGUGUAUCCAACCAACCGUCAUCUGACGUUACCACCAGUUCCGUUGAAAGAGAAGUAACUUACCCUGGUGUAUCCAACCCACCGUCAUCUGACGUUACCACCAGUUCCAAUGCAAAAGAGGAUGCUAACCUUGGUGUAUUGAUCCCAUCGUCAUCUGAGGUUACAAACAGUUCCAAUGAAAAUGAAAUACAACAAGAUACGAAAGAAGCCCCAAAAAGUGAAAAAUUAAGUUCUUCUAAAACACCAACUUAUAUGAAGGAAACGGGAGCAACUGAAACCGAUGAAAGUACACCUGAGAACAAUACUCUCAAACAUAUAGAGUAUAAAGAACACGCCAAUACAAUGACGGAACAAGCCACUGGCGGAACUGAAUUGCUGAUACAAGUUAUAUUUCAUGUAUUAGUAUCUAAUGAUUUUCAUCUAGAUCCAAAGAAAGGCCACUAUGUCUACAUUGCCUGUGAGCCCUUGGAAUUAGGUGGAUUUGAUUCCACCAAGAACAAGAUGACUCUCGUGAAGCACAGCAGUGGCAAAAAUGGCUGCUUUGAGUACGAAAUCGGGAUGUUGAUUCCAAUAAGAUAUAAAGAGGAUGAUUUCCAAUACACUUAUGUUAUAUGUAAAACUUCAGAAUUAGAAUUUGAGUAUGAGAAACAUGGAUAUAGAACAUUCAACAUACCUCAAGAUUUGAAAAAAGAAAUAAAAGGUAACUGGCACCAGUAUGAUGGAUUUUACUGCCAGAAAAAUCAACAGGGCUUCUGGGAAAAGUCUACAAACAAAUUGCGCAGGAAAAAAAACAUUUCUGAAGUAGAAAAAGCUAUUAAGUAUUUUGCUUCUCCAGUUUUAACACAAGCAUUGGGACUUGUUAAAGAUGAAGAUGCGAUUUUAUUGAAAGAAAUUGGCGAAAAGAUUUUGAUGAUUUUACUCAUGGCGGAUAAUGAUAAUACCUUAUCGAAGGUACACAUCUGAAUUUUACACUUAAACGUUAUGUUUUUAGUUUAUUAUUAUACGUUUAGUGCAUAUCUUGUACUAUAACCUUUUGUAGCAUAGGAUACUGUUGACGCUUGGAUUAAUGUUUUUGACAUUUGUUAUGACAUUUGAUUGGAAUGUUUGGUCACUGACUAUUACGUCUUAUGUGAGCAGAGCAUUAGCAAGCGCUUAGUAUCCCCUUCCAAUGUCCAGUUUCGGUGAAACUUAAAAUAUGUAUUAAAGAUCAAGAAAGACUGGAUGAGUCCAAUUUUGGUGGACAUUGAAUCAUGACUAACUGUACUAUUGCCCAAGUUCAUUUUGCUUUAGCAAAAUGUGAAACAUGUACGAAGUUUAUACCCCUCCCCUUGCCCCCAGAUGCCACAAUGUACGAUUUUGGUGCACAUCGAACCUCCCGAUAAUCUCUGAUCCCGAUAAAGGUUAUUUUCGCAAAUGUUUGGGGUCAUGCGAGGACGGACUCUAUCGAUAAUCCUUUUUAAGGUCAUGUGCCCUUAGCUGAAAACCCUCUAUAUUCGAAAGAGGCUAGAUAAAGUUUUUAACAUAAUAUGUAUUUCAAGAACCCUAUCGAUAACCAGCGUCCCACAGUUUCUGUAGAAUAAAAUGUAUGUUAAGCACUCAAAUUUUGUGU